AUGACGUGGUAUACACGGAAAGGCCAGCCAGCUGGUAACCUCUGGGCAGAGCGCUUGGCCCCUUACGUGGCAACAUGGGCCCAAGCGCUACAGAAUGUCGUGGAGGAGGCUCGUCCCCACACCGAGCGGAACUUCAACGAGUACCUACGGUGGUACAUUCCACGUACAUGCACACAUGUCACCUACACCCCAGAGGGUGUCCGGCCCCACAUCGCGUCGACAACGGAGGCAUACCCGGUGCAUUGGGACGAGAACGUCGCAUUAGCAGCAGAUAUCAUUUAUGAUGUACAUAGGGAUGCAGCUGGUGCCAUGGACCGCCUCCGGCAAGGGCACCACCUUAGUGCGUCGGAUGUUGCGAGCUUCAUCAAGCGGGUUUUCGACAAGACAUCACGCGCAUUGAAGCUUACCUCCUGCCAAUCUACCACAAAUGUAGCAGGGGCGCCUCCCAGGUCCAGUGGUGUCCACGCUGAGUCGUCUUGGCCGUCAGACGUGCACCGUCGUUCAUCCGUGUCGGCACCCACACGACCCCUUCUACCACGUCAUGGAGGCUCGGAGCAACUUGGUACGAAUUAUACUUUUGAAUAAUAUUGAACAAUAUCCUUUACUUACUACUGCAUUGAUUAUUAAACUUUCAUUAGAUCCACCUGCACAAGUCUCGACGCAGCCUCGUAGAUCGAGCCAUGUGCGUCCACCCUCAGGUACUGGCGGCACCCUUCAUCCUAGUUUUUAAUACUUUCAGCAAAAUAAGUUAAUAUUGUGCUCAGGUUACUUCGGUGACGAGGCCGGUCCGUCUUCGGCGGCCCCACGCCCGACCCCGCCCGCAACGUACGAGCCAU